AAAUCAGUUGAAAGUUCCGAAUAGUUCGUUAAUAUUGUUGGCGGGGAGAGAAAUUGGAUGUAAAAAAAAAAAACAAAAAACAAAAAAUAUGACUCCAAAAUCGAAGUGGAGAGAGAGAAAAGGAAACAGAGAGAUGAGUACAAGAGAGAGGGAGAGAGAUCUAGGGCUCCUGAUCCCCGUCGCAGUCGCUACAGUUUCUGAAAAUGGAGCCUCCAAAUCUUCCUCCGUUCCGGCUGUCGCUUUAUCUAAUCAUCACUCCGGCGGAGAGGCCAUUGCUAAAGUCAUUCGCAGCUGGGCUUCCAAGAAGUUCAUGACAGGAUGUGUAAUUCUUAUGCCAAUUGCUAUUACAUUCUACAUCACGUGGGGCUUCAUUCGUUUUGUUGAUGGUUUCUUCUCUCCGAUAUAUGCUCACUUAGGGAUCUAUGUUUUUGAAAUUUCUGCAGGGCUUGGAUUUAUUACCUCCAUUACAUUCAUCUUUCUUGUUGGUAUUUUCAUGUCAUCUUGGCUGGGAGCUUCUGUUCUUACUCUUGGUGAAUGGUUCAUUAAGAAAAUGCCACUCGUAAGCUAUAUUUACACGGCCUCGAAGCAAAUUAGUACUGCAAUAUCACCAGAUCAAACCUCAAAUGCCUUCAAGGAAGUAGCAAUUAUCAGGCACCCCCGUGGUGGAGAGUAUGCCUUUGGAUUCAUCACUUCUGCCGUUGUUCUUCAGAGCAGAAUGGAAGAGGAAGAACUGUAUUGUGUUUAUGUGCCCACUAAUCAUCUCUAUCUUGGAGACAUAUUUCUUAUGAGUUCCACGGACAUCCUCAGGCCUAAUCUGUCUGUCCGAGAGGGAAUUGAAAUUGUGAUCUCAGGAGGGAUGUCAGUGCCUCAAAUACUGACUACAGUGGAUGCAAGAGCAAUUCCAACAGGUGGAAUCGAAAAACUUUGCAAAACCAAAAGUAUGGCGUGAUGAUGAUAACAGUGUGUGCCGUGACAUGGAAAUUUUGUUAUCUUCAAAUAUGUUUCUAGUUCUCCAAGAUUCUUUCUCAAGUCUGAUUAGAUAGAAACCAAUGGAAUGUUUGUUCAAACUUUCAACUUCAUCUAUUUAGAUCAUAAUAGUAAACUAGUGUUUUGAUUUUUUGUUAAA